AGUCAGCAGCAACUACCGAGAGAGAUAAAGAGGAGAGAGUGCGGCUCAUAAAGACUUUGCAGAAACUAGUGAAACGUAUUUAAUUUUCACAAACUCCAACCCAUCCUUCAAUAUUCUUUACUUUCUUACCUCUGGUUCUUCACCCACAAGCCUAAAUUUAAAAAUUAAGAGAAAAAGAAAUCAGCUUGUUGUUAAUGGAAUCAUCGCCUGCCAUAUAUUUGUAGGCCAACAAAGAAAGCAAAGAACCAAGCUCUGAUUUCAUCUCUAACCCACUUCAACAAUGGCAACUUUCUUCAUUUCCAGCUACCUCACAGCCCUGACUUGUCUUGUUUUCUUCAAAAUCUUGGCUGCAGAGCAAAGUUCCUCUUUUUCUUUCAAAAGUUUUGGUAAAGAUCCAAAAUUUGAGUCCAAUAUUGCUUUGUAUGGGGAUGCACAUGUUGUCUACGAUGGCUCUUGGAUUCAACUUACCGACUCGGUGAGUUGGAGUGCUGGGGCAGUGAUGUACAAGAAACCCAUCAAGCUUGUUGAAGGUAAAGUCAGGAACUUUGCUUCAUUUUCAACUUACUUUUCCUUCUCAGUGUCUCCUGAAAACGGUGAUGGUUUGGCUUUUAUUAUGGUUCCUAGUAGUUUUAAAGUUGAUGUAUCGGGGAAUAGUUCGAUUGGGGUUUCUAUUGGAUUGAAUAAAAGCAAAAGUGGUAUUGCUGCCGUGGAAUUUGAUACCUUUAAAGAUGCCAAGCAUGGUGAUUUGAGUGAAAACCAUGUGGGUAGUCUGGCAUCAGUUAAAACCAGAAAUCUUUCAUCUCUCAAUUUGGUGCUAAACGAUGGGGGGAAAUUACAUUGUUGGAUUGAUUAUGAGGCAACUUCAAAUAGACUAGAGAUUAGGUUGAGUCAAUCUAGUAGUUCCCGGCCAGAUGAUCCCUUGCUUUCCUAUUCGAUCAACUUGUCGAAACUAUGGAAUGAUGAAGUGUUUGUGGGCUUAAGCUCUUCAAAUGGCAACUCUUCGCAGACAUGCUUUAUUCACUCGUGGAGUUUUAAGCUGAGGCAGGUUCCCAAUUGGAUGCAUUCCCAACCACUCGAUCCCGUCAUUGCGAAGAACCCCAAACCUUUGACAGCCGUGCCCAAGAGUAGCAAAUGCUUUUGGAAAGUGUUUGUGUUCGUCUUCGGUGGCGCCUGCGGAGCCUUGAUGGCUUCUUGCGUGAUGUACCUAUGGAACGUCCUUGGCGAUAGGCGCCCUGUGGUGCCUGAAGAGUGCGGUAUGAAUCCAGUGGAUUUUGAUUACAAGAAGGUCAAGGUAGUAGUAGUGGAAGCUGCUGUCAAAGAUGGCAAGAAUUAGAUCUUUGGAGUAAGGGUUUCUGAUUGAAAGUUUUUAUGUUGUAAAGUGAUGAUAUUUUGUAAUUGUAAUUUGCAGGUUUUGUUUGUGCUUGUAGCUAAUGACCAAUUGUGAAAAGAAAAUGUACCUGUUGGUUUAC